AUGGAUGACCAUGAACAUGACCCUCCGCAAGCGACACCCAAGGUUCGCAACGAGAAACCCUUUUUCUAUCCAUGGAAUCGCCGACUCCGACAUCUCCAUGGUAUCUCACUGCGCAACCUCCAUGUGACUGCACCGAGUCCUCGAAAGCAUGCGAAGACAAUCACCGAUGAUGAUGCGCCAUACAACCUCACCUCACCAUCUAAGCGCGCGCUGAAGAGCGAUGCGCAGUCUCUGCCCCAGUCGCGCUCCUUCACCAACCUGAUUUCUGUCACCGGUGAGGCCCAUACUCCGAACGCCUUCCACAAAGCAGCCACUUCGUAUGAAAAGAAUGAGAAACAGACAGACAGACCUCGGGCAGGAAGGAUGCGCAGGAGGAGCACUCUACACUGGACUUCGGCAAGUCCAAGGGCACGCCAGUCAAAACUAGAAGAUAUGGUCGUGGACCGCCUGGCCGAUAGCUGGAUCUCAAUACACUCUCCUGACAGUACCGAGCCAGUGUACAUCAGUGAGGUCAUUGAACGCUCCAUGAAUCCAAGCUUUGCUUUUUUCGACCUCGACAAUACCGACUCUCAGGUUGCUCGUUCCGACGAAGGGACUAUACGUGUUUGGGCCAAAGCCUCCAACGCCGAUGAGUAUUGCCUCCUUGUCGAGCUUGCUCUCAACCUCCGAUCGCUACAGUUUAUUGGCCGGACUCUCGAAAACUUCCAUCAUCCCUUACCACAAAACUGCGUUCUCCUGCAUCUCUCUGAUGGCAUCUACACCAGCUUCACUGACCUUCCGGCCGAUGUACGUUCUGGGUCCGACCAUCUAAUUGAUCACAAGGAAGGCUCAGCGAGGCCUGGCGUGUCCUUUGAUGUUUUGAUGCAGUUGGCCAAUCUAGAUGAGUGUAUACAGGAUGCCAUCAAUGUCAGGACGCAGCUAGAAGAGGAUAUCAACAAGCUUAUCGCAGACUCGCAUUUGUUCAGCGUCAAUGACGAAGGCCCGUCAAGGCUGGAAAGUGACGAGCCGCGUGCCGAAGCAGCACUGGCCAGCGAACAAAAGCAUCUCCGACAGUUGACAAAACGGAGGGACGAGAAGCAGGAGUCACUGACCAAGCGACGAAAUGCCCUUAGCCUGUGCCGCGAAGAACUGACCAAGACGAGAAAGUCAAUUGAAGACAGAACCAAAUCUUGCCAGGAGAUUGAGAGUCUACUGCAGCAGACCGACAAAGACUCGACUGGGCAGGUACGUCGCAUUUGUGAAGCACUGCUCACAAUCUACCCCAUCGAACCGAUCAAAGGCCGUACUCUUCAAUUUACCAUUCGCGGCAUUCACUUACCGAACUCGGUUUACAACGACACUAACCGGGACGAAAUCGCCGCGGCGUUGGGGUUCUCCGCUCAGCUGGUGCACCAUUUGUCACUGUACCUCUCCGUUCCUCUACCAUAUCCGAUCGAACCGUACGGUUCUUCAUCCUUUAUCUCUGACCCUAUCUCGAUCGGCUUGAGCCAACGAAGAUAUCCUUUGCAUCCCACGACAGUGCCCUACAAGUUCGAGUACGGGGUGUUUCUUUUGAACAAGGACAUUGAGUUUUUGAUGAAUAGGGCGCAGUUGAGGGUGCUCGACAUUCGGCAUACCCUACCAAACCUGAAAUACUUACUGUAUGUGUUGACUGCGGGCACGGGUGAUCUUCCACCACGGACUGGAGGUAUUCGGGGUCUUCUGGGAGGUCGCAUGGGUCCAGAGCCACUACGUCGAGACAGCGAAGAGAGUGUUCAGAGUCUGCCAUCGGCACUUGGAGCGGACAGCAAUCAGGGGAGGAUUAAUGGGGGUUUCGCUAGCCCCAAGGAAAAAGACAUUAAUGAUCGCUUUGUUUCCACAUCCCCAGCUCUUGGAGUGUCUUAUCGGCAUGGUUUCAAAGACACUACAGGGAGAUAG